UAUUCCUUCUCAGAUUAAACUUCAAUAAUUGUUACAUUUGGUUUACUUUCACCUGAAAGCAGUUGGUUCAACUUAGGUCUUAUUGAACAUAUUUGUCUGGAUAUCUUUGAUGAAGAAUCAUGACCUUUGGUCUAACUGAAUAUGAUAUUGACACAUUUAUCUGAUCUUUAGGGUCCAGCAACUUGGCGAAUGCUGUAUGGUAUGGAUAUUAACUCAGAUAAAGGCCUUUUGCUAGUGGCAGAUAAUUUUGGAUACGUAUACUUGUUGGAUGGACGUUCAAAGAUGAGAACGGGAGAACCAAUUCUAAUGCAUAAAAAGGGUAGCAAAGUGGUUGGGCUUCAUUGUAAUCCCCUUCAGCCAGAUGUUCUUCUAAGUUGUGGAAAUGAUCAUUUUGCUCGAAUUUGGGAUAUUCGUCGAUUGGUGGGUGGAUCAUCCCUUGCCAGUCUUGCUCAUGGGCGAGUCGUUAACUCAGCAUACUUCUCACCACAAACUGGAAACAAAAUCUUAACGACUUCUCAAGAUAAUCGUAUCCGAGUUUGGGAUUCUAUCUUUGGCAAUUUGGAUUCUCCUAGCAGAGAGAUUGUUCACAGUCAAGAUUUCAAUAGGCACUUGACACCUUUUCGAGCAGAAUGGGAUCCAAAGGAUCCCUCGGAAUCUCUAGCUGUUAUUGGUCGAUACAUCAGCGAGAACUACAAUGGCGUGGCAUUGCAUCCCAUUGAUUUUAUAGAUACAAGUACCGGGAAGCUUGUUGCUGAGGUGAUUGAUCCAGAUAUAACAACCAUUAGUCCUGUGAAUAAGCUACAUCCUCGAGAUGAUGUAUUGGCUACAGGGAGCUCAAGGUCUCUUUUCAUUUGGAGGCCAAAGGAGGAUACCAACUCUGCACGACUCCAGCAAGAGCAGAAGUCUAAAGACUUCAUAAUUGCAACAGCUGAGAAGAAAUCCAAAAGAAAGUUUGAUGACGACAGCGACGAUGAUUUUGAUUCCUACUCCAAGGGUAAGAAAUCCAACGGCAAGAAACAGAACGCUAAGUCGAAGACCAAUCUGAAGACAGUUAAAAGCAAAGGUUGAGCGUGCGGAAUAUGGAGUCAUUGCUCAUCGGCUACGGUCUCUUGUUCCUUUUUGUACUAGUUUGCACCGACUCUGGGAAAUUUUGAUUUUACCACACUGUGUUCAGUUUUUGUAUAUGAAUUGUGGCAUUAUAAUGGGCUAGUUUAAUCCUUCUGUAAAUGUAAUAGAACUAAUUUUGUACGUAAUAGAUAUAAUGUUGAAAUUUGCUUUUAUUUU